AUGGCGAUUCCGGGUGUCUCAGGGCUGGCGGUAGCCCUGACUCGGACUCUGACUCUGGCGCUGGCUACAUUGGGGGCUGCUUUGCCGGGUUCAUCAGCAGCAGCAGCAGCAGCAGCAUCCUCAUUCUCCUCUUCAGUUCAUGUUACCUUACACACUACUCCCUCUUCUUCUGCUUCUGCUUCUGCUUAUCCCUUCAUCCCAACCGUCACCCUUCAUCCCCAAUCCCGACCCCAAUCUGCCAACAAAACCAUCAUCAUCGGCCGCUCCCUUCCCGAAUUCAACCAGGACCUCUUCCUCGGCAUCAAAUUCGCCAACGAGCCCGUCCGCUUCACGCCCUCCGUGCUGAAGUCCACAUACACCGCGGAGGACAGCAACUCCGGCCCGUAUGACCCGUCUGCAUUGGGGGUGUCCUCCACCUCCACUUCAGAUACGAUCCUCUACAACGCAACCGAAUACGGCUACGACUGUCCCGGCUACGGCUCCGACGACGACGAGCUCGAAGAACUCGGCUGGGUCAAGUACAGCGAGGACUGCCUGAAUCUGAAUGUCGUUCGGCCGCAGGGUGAACAGGGGACGUUGUUGCCUGUCAUGGUGUGGAUUUUUGGAGGUGGGUGGAUGGAGGGGGCGACGGCUGAUCCGAGGUAUAACAUGAGUUACAUCCUGCGUCAGGGCGCAGUAAAUGGGAAGCCGGUGAUCGGCGUCUCGAUCAAUUACCGGGUUGCGAUGUUUGGGUUUUUGGAUUCGGAGGAGGUCAUGGCAUCCGGCAACACCAACCUCGGUCUUCGAGACCAGCGCGUCGCCAUGCACUGGGUGAAGCAGAAUAUCGCGGCCUUCGGGGGCGAUCCGGAGAAGAUCACUAUCUGGGGGGAGUCGGCAGGUGCAUACAGUGUGGGUGCACACCUGGUGACUAAUGAUGGUGAUGAUGAGGGUCUUUUUCGGGCUGCUAUCAUGGAGUCUGGAAACGCAGUCGGGCCUCCCUGGAAUGGCACGGACUGGUACCAGCCUAUGUAUGAUGAGCUGGUGAAUAAGACUAACUGCACCACCUCCCUCGACACCCUGCAAUGCCUCCGCGACGUCCCCUUCCCCACCUUCUACAACCUCGCCUACAACGGGCUCGAAUGGUUCGGCACCAUUGACGGCACCUUCAUCAAAGAAUUCCCGCAGAUCAGCAUCACGGAGGGCCGCUUCGCCAAAGUGCCCAUCCUGCAUGGCACCAACACCGACGAGGGAGUGAGCUUCGGGACAACGGGGACGGACACGGAUGCGGGGUGUAUUGAGCAGUUGAUGGCAUCCAAAAGAUGGGUCCUCACAGAAACCGAAGCAACCACCAUCCUCUCGCUGUACCCCAACAUCUCGGCGCUGGGCUGUCCCUACGGCUGGGGAAACACCACCUGGCCGUCCAAGGGCUACGAAUACAAGCGGUACGAGUCCAUCGCGGGUGACCUAGCCAUGUACGCGCCCCGUCGUCUGCUGGGCACGCACAUGGCGCAGUAUGAGCCGAACGUCUACGCUUACCGGUGGGAUGUCGCCGCGCUGAAUGAUUCGAGUACCAUUGGGGUGGAGCAUUUUGCUGAGAUCCCCUUCGUCUUCGCCAACCCGGUCCAGAACAUCACCGCACUGGGAUCGGAUCCUGCGCGUCUGGAACUGGGCGAUCUGGCCGCGAGGAUGUGGACGGCUUUUGCGACGGAUUUGGAUCCGAAUGGGCAUGGGGUAUCCAACAUCCCCACAUGGCCAACAUACAAUCCCUCUGAUCCCCAAGACUUUGUCUUCCAGCUUCCCAGGACGGACAGUUAUGUGGAGGCGGAUACGUAUCGCGCGGAGGGCAUGGCGUAUAUUAAUUCGAUUGCGCGGUGA